CAGUUAGUAUGUAAUAAAUGGGAGACUAAUUAAACUUUAUUCAUAAAACUUUCAGUCACUUUUAACGUUGUUAAUAUUGAAGUACGUUUUGCUGUCGAUACUUGUAAAACAUUAAGUGAAAAUUUAGGAUCAAUAAAAAAAAAUGGAUGAAGAAGAAAUUUAUGUUAUUAGACAUUUUGCCAAUACUGUAAGGUAGUAGUAGUAGGGCUCAAAAUAAGCGUUGACAUAUAACUGGUAUAAUUUACCUUCUGACUGUUACUGGAUAACAGUCCGCUACUAUCCAACUGUAGUGGUUAAAUGUAAACCAGACAUUAUUUUACGGCAUUUUUUUAAAUAAAUCGUUUCUAUGUUUUUUUAAUGUUUCUUUGGAAAUCACGAUAAGAAAUUAAGUUUCUGUAUCGGCUGCUAAUUCAGCUGGUACCGACUAUAAACACUUCUAACGAGUUAUUUUUCAUACUAAACGUGCGCACACUCGAAACUAAACUAUCGCACAAUUGUUUAGUCUCGCUUUGAUUCCUAUGAGCUUUUAUAAAGGUACGUACACUACUCGGUUUAGUUAUGCAACUAAACAGUUGAAUUGACUGCGAAACAGUCGACCAUCGCACAACAGUUGUGUGCUAGUUUAGUCGAAGAUACACGCUCUAAAUAUGCUAAUGGCAUAGUAUGUUAUAAACUGUUAUUGAAUAUAAAAAUAAUAUAGAAGUAUGGCUUUCUAGAUUUGGAGAUGAUGCCAGGUAGGAAGCACGCCUGUCUUAUGUUCCGCGGGUACACGUUCAAGAGGUACCAACUCCUGGUGAAAGGUCAAGUGAAAUGGAGAUGCUCCAAGUGGUAUUCAGGAUGCAGGGUCUAUGUGAAAACGAAAACUGAAGAUCCAAGAGAAGGCAUUUUACUGAUUAAAAACUUACACAAUCACGAAAGACCAACUCUAUUCCGGAGCAAAGAAGAGAUAACGUAUAUAUCAACGGGGAAAAAAAACCCACUGAUGGUGUGUAGUGAUUACGUGUAUAAACGAAUAAGAGUAAAUCACAAUGGAAAAACAUUCUGGCGAUGUGUUAUGGUACAUAAGGGUUGUAGGGCGUACUGUCUGGCAGAUGAUGAAGAAAUUAUAUGCGUGAGAGACCACAACCAUGACGCACCAAAGUUUAGAACGAGUACGGGUCGAUGGAUUGUAACAUAGACGCCAUCUACCUUAUCCUACUCCUGUAGAGUCAGCCCAUCUGAUCAUCAUAGAUCAUGAUAGAGUUACUAUCAUCCAUCUCAGUCACUCUCUUCUUAAUCAUAACACCUUUUACGUCCCAUUCAUAAUUUUUUAGGUCUACCUCUAACGGUGUACCUCCACCCUCAUAAAGUUGUAAUGUAUAGUAACAUAGAUAUGUUAAAUUAAAUUAUUUUGAGCGAUAGUAAUCAUUUCUAUAAUGAAUUUUGGCUUUCUAAAUGUAUUUGUUGAAUCUUCAUCAAUUCAAUAAAAUAGUAUGAACUCUA